CAUGAAAGCUCGGGUAGGACAAUGUCCUCCUAUACAACGGGCGUGGAUCCGCAUAUCCCAAAUGCUCCAGCACUCUCAAUAUUAACAGAAGCGCUGGGUACAUUCCAAAGCGUCGCACCUGACUCAACAUCCGCUUUGUUCUCUUUGUCCUCCACAUACGUCAGCUGGUCUGCACGGCCUACAGACUCUGAAACAAAUACCCCGGCCAUUCCACCUUCGUACAACGAUCCGAAGACCCCAGACACCAUGAACUCCAUCACAUCCGAUGCACCAACUGCCACGCCUAUUAAUGGCGGUGUCUUGCCAUACUUGGCCACGAUCGGCACCGUUAUCGUCCUCACUGGCGAGAGCUAUACAUUGACAGCUGCUAUCCCAUCUACGGAUACAGAUGCUCUCGCCAUCAUAGGCGCGACAUUGUCACCCGGCGGCCCAGCUGCAUCGCUUGGCGACUAUGUUUUCUCGCUUGGGACAGACGGAGUGCAAUUCAUUUCAGGCAGUGCAACGGACACAUUACGAACGAGCACCUACGGCAGCGGACAAACUACGCUAGAAGAAUCGAGUUCGUCCACACGCACCACCCCAGUCGUGACAAUGCGCAGUAGCACAACGGAGUCAAGUGCCACGGAAACACCUGAAUCGACGAUUGCGUCCUCGACGACAAGUGCACCCGCGACCACAAGCACUGAGGCUUCUGCUGGACAGAAGCACGCAGUCAUGUGGAGUGUUGGUGCCAUGGGACUGUUGCUCGCAGCAAUUUAUGCGCUGUAGUGCGUGGAAAGAGAUGAAAUACAGCAGAUACACCUUGACGGCCUUCCUUUGUAAAUAUAAGACGGCAGAAGAAAGAAAGCAUGGCGACAGCAAUCAUUAGACAGAAACUCAAGAUACCAGUAAUACCUAUCAAAUCUACGUACUUCUUUGAAAAGCUAUGCGG